GCUCAAAUCAAUUGCUUAUUAUAUUCAUAUAUGAUAUCAAUUGUUAUUAAUAACUUUUCAUUGCAAUUGAUCAAUCGAUACUCUCCGUUCUAUUAUCCAACACGAACACCAACGACCCCGCACACGUCGACAGUCGCAAUUCGGCCUCCGUACACGACAAAUCAAUCAAUUGAACAGAUAACACAAAGCAAAAUGUCCAAAGCAAUCUUCCUCUCCACCAUUGAUGGUAAGCCCGGCAAGCCGGGCCAAGUUUACUACCCCCUCUCUCUCCAAAACCUCCCCAAACCAACCCCGCAGGGUCGGGAGGUCCUUGUGAAGAUGACCGCCGCAUCACUAAACCACCGCGACGUCUUCCUCCGCCAACAUCUUUAUCCAGGUAUAACCUUCGACGUCCCUCUGGGCGCAGACGGUGUGGGAACCGUGGUCGCGACAGGCCCGGAGGUGUCGAACCCCAGUCAAUGGCAAGGGAAGCGGGUCAUUUUGAACCCGGGGACGGGAUGGAAGGAUUCCCCCGAUGGUCCUGAGGAUCCGCAGGGAUAUAAAAUUCUGGGAGGGACCAAGACGUAUCGCAACGGGACGAUGCAGGAUUAUGUUGUUAUUGAGGAGUCGGAGCUUGAAGAAGCGCCGGAGCAUUUGUCGGAUGCGGAGGCGGCUGCGCUGCCAUUGACGGGGUUGACUGGAUGGAGAGCGCUCGUGAGCAAGGCUGGGGAGAGGAACUCGGGUAAGGGCGCUGCGGUGUUGAUUACUGGAAUCGGUGGUGGUGUGGCGUUGAUGGUGCUUCGUUUUGCCGUGGCCCGUGGGGCCGAUGUUUAUGUGACGAGCUCGAGCGAGGAGAAGAUCCAGAAGGCGGUUGAGUUGGGAGCCAAAGGAGGUGUGAGCUAUAAGGAGGAAGCAUGGGAGAAGAAGCUUUUGGGUAUGCUUCCUGCUGGCAAGACUUCUUUCGAUGCCAUCAUCGACGGUGCUGGAGGCGAUGCGGUCGAGAAGGGCGCCAAAAUGCUCAAGGCUGGUGGUGUCAUCUCCAUCUACGGGAUGACAGUCUCUCCCAAGAUGCCGUUCUUGAUGCAGGCCGUCCUGAAGAACAUUGACGUCCGUGGCUCGACUAUGGGCUCUCGUAAAGAAUUCACGGAGAUGAUCGAGUUCGUCAAAGCUAACAAGAUCUAUCCCGUUGUCUCGCGUGUGCAGCAAAGUGAGCUGGAUGAUAUCGCGGCUCUUGACUCGUUGUUCGAGGAUAUGAAACAGGGCAAGCAGUUUGGAAAGUUGGUGGUUGAGUUUGGAAAGUCUGGUUCGGACAGUAAGCUGUAAUCCUUUGGUAGUAUUAGCUGGUUACCUAGAGCACUGGUUCUUAAUAGAAUGUACAUUUCUGCUGAUUGGAGGGCUGGGUGGUCGCUCCUUCCUUCUAUCGGUGUUACCAAGGGUGCCAUUUCCUUGUCAUGACUGUACGCAACAAUUCUUCUGCAAUCCAUCAUCGUUUCUUCUCCACAGCAUUGCAUCCUUAAUCGCAUUGCAGCUUUAUUCCAUGAGCAAAUCAUUAUUGAACAAUCUAGUCGAUUAC